AAAAUGUUUCGAUCGGACCGUCCCUGUUUCGAUCAGCUGGGUCUGGAAUUCAGGCACCACUGGAUGAAAAUUUAACACCACUGGAUUGCUUAUUGACACUGCUGACAACUGAUAUCAUUGACAGCCUUGUUGAAAACAUAAAUCUUUAUGCAGUGGAAAAAAUAAAGAAAAAUAUACCAUUGAGAAAGAGAUCUACAUUGUCUGAGUGGCAGCCAACGACUAGAGAAAUUUGUUUUCAUUUUCUCAGUGUAGUGAUAGCGAUGGGAAUUACACCGAAACAUGACAUCAAAGAUUACUGGUCUACAAUGAACCACAAAUUCACACCAUGGUUCGAGGUAAUGUUUCCAAGAACUAAGCUCUUGCUUAUUUACCAGUCAAUGCUGCAUGCAUCAGAACCCAAUGCACAAAGCCAAGCAAAGACUGAGCCAUUUGUGAAAAAUCUAGUAGCAAAGUUUCAGUCAGCAUUUUACCCAUAUGAAAACUUUCUGUUUCAUGCUAAACAGUACAAUGCAGCCAAGCCUCACAAGUAUCAUAUAAAGACAUUUGGUCUUUGGGAUUCAAUCACAGGCUAUGUUUAUAAUCUGCUAAUUUACUUUGGAGCAAAAACUGCCUACAACCCUAUGCUUGAUCCAACAUCAACUCAUGCUGUAAAAGUAUUUUUAACCUUACUGCAUGGUGUUGCAAGCUAUCAUCAUUUAUUUGCAGAUAGAUUGUAUAUAUCACUCCCUCUCAUACAAUUUCUUUUAUCCAGGAAAUUGAAUUAUACUGAAACGGUGAAUAAAAACCGCAAAGGAUUACCGCAGCAGCUAAAACAACAACCAACCAUCUUUGGAACUCCCAGAUGGUUAGUUAAUAAUGAGCAGAAUAUCCUUUGCGUUUCCUGGAGGGAUAAAAAUCCAAAAAACCUUGCAUCCUACUGA